UUAGUUUGCUGGGAGAUGCAGCCUGGAGCGAUGAAACCCAAUCCCUCACAGGUGACUGGUGGGUGAAUCAUCAUUUCAAUCCGACUCAAUGCGCUCAUUGUCCAGGGGAAUGAGACUUCAAAGUUCCUGUCAUCUCUGCGAACCUGCGUUUCGAGAGACACUCUCAAGAAGGGGCUGGAGUGGCCGUGGCUUGGUGUCUGGUUGCGCUGUCGUCAUACUGUUUUGGUCCUGGGUUUUACUGGAAGUGUCAAAGUGGCUACAGUAAAGAUUUCCACGAUGCUUUUAAAGGAAAUGGAUGAAUAUAUUCAUCAGUCCAUAGUGAAAGGAAACAACGGGCUCCCACCUGUAGACCGGCUCCUGAAGUUCCUGGUGGACAGCUCUGCCGACUGCGAGGAGGAAGUUCAGUGUGCAAACUGCGAUCAGGAGUGCAAGAAACAGGAAAUGGACACCAUGUAUUUCUGCAACACCUGUAACCAGCCCCUCUGCAGCAAGUGUCGCGAAGAGACCCACAAAGCCAAGAUGUUCUCUCGCCACGAGAUUGUCUCCUUGACUAAGCGCACUAAAGACAUCCACAAGAAAUGCUCUCUUCACGAGGAACCUUACAUCAUGUUUUCAACAGAGAAAAAAUCCAUGCUCUGCAUUAACUGUUUCCGGGACAUGCAGGUAGAAAGCCGAGCCCACUGCAUUGACAUCGAGACUGCGUACAUGCAAGGCUGCGAGAAGCUCGACCAGGCUGUGAUGGCUGUGAAAGAGCUCCAGACAUCCACGCGAGAGGCCAUUGUCCUCCUCAAAGCCAUGAUUGAGGAGGUGCGCAACAGUGCAGAUGAGGAAAAGACAUCCAUCAACUCACUCUUCAGUAGCAUGCAGGAGAAACUAGCAGAAAGAAAAAAGAUGCUUCUGAAAGCUGUUCAAAGUCAGUAUGAAGAGAAGGAAAAGGCAUUUAAGGAGCAACUCUCCCACCUGGCAUCCCUGCUGCCCACCCUGCAGGUCCAUCUGGUCACCUGUUCUGCUUUUUUGAGCUCUGCGAACAAAGCCGAAUUCCUGGAUUUGGGAUACCAACUGAUGGAGCGGCUCCAGAAAAUAGUCAAACUUCCACAUCGCUUGAGACCUACGCAGACGAGCAAGAUAAACACCGAGUACAGGGCUGAGUUUGCCCAUUGCUUGGAGCCACUGUUGCUGCUGAAUCCACGCCGGUCUGUGGUGGUGAGCGGAGGCAGCAUUGGACCAGGGAUCAGCAAUGGAAACAUGCUCUCGGGUGGUCAGUGCUCCAAGACGCUGAUAGUGCCUGGCUGUUCCCCUUCCUGCGAUAAGAUGUCCAUCACAGGCUCCAUAGUUCGAAAGCCAACCAUGCAUCGUUACAUCAGCACCAAGGUCCUGCUGGCCGAAGGAGGGGAGACGCCCUUCACUGAGCACUGUCGCAACUAUGAGAACAUGUAUCGGACCCUGCAAACAGAGAUUCAGAACCUGAAGGAUCAGGUACAGGAGCUGCAUCGUGACCUCACAAAGCAUCACUCCCUCAUCAAGACAGAGAUCAUGAGUGAGAUCCUACAGAAAUCCCUCCAGAUGGAUGUGCAGAUUGCCUCGGAGUAUUCCUCUGUGGAAAUGAUGCGAAGCAUGUUUGAAGAGAUUUGGGAGGAAACAUAUCAGAGGGUGGCAAAUGAGCAGGAAAUUUAUGAAGCACAGUUACAUGACCUGUUGCAGCUGAAACAAGAAAACAGCUACCUGACAACCAUCACCAAACAGAUUGCCCCCUAUGUCCGCUCCAUAGCGAAGGUGAAGGAACGGCUGGAGCCCAGACUACAAGAACCCAGGGAACUGAAGGAUGACCAGACAGAGAAUCUGCUCAAAAUUUACGAUGACAGCACAGUGACCAGCGACACAACACACAGGAACGACUUGACAAGAAGCAUGGAAGACAACAGGGAGCCCAAAGUGGACAACCGAAUGCUGAACAUUGUCACUGAGGAUCCCCUACUGAAAGACACUUACAAAACCAAACAAAAAGGUGGGACAGAGAGUCCCAGCCAGAAAGAUUUUGCAGUUUAGGCAAGGCAGAGUGCCAAGAAGCUGCACUGCUUUGCAUUUCAUAUAUACAAACAAGACUUAAAUAGAAGUUUCUCGAGUACAUUUAUGGUUGAGUCAGGCUGGUAUUACAGAGGAUCUAUCCAUUGAAAUAGACAUGACCAGAUGGGAAGGACCAGCAUUUCCAAAUUUAGUUUGAUGAAAUUGAGUCUUGAAAUGCAGACUAAGGCGUCACCAAUUCAGUGAAUCUAAAUACUGUUCUCAUUACAUUAUCAGAUGGUUUUUAAUCAGUUAUGGUCUGAUUUCCCAGGCCAAUUUCUUUGGCUGUUUGUAUUUUCAACAGGGUUAUAUUGUAUUUUUCUGUAUCAAUAAAUUCAAACCUCUAUUCAGCAGAGAAGUCCAGUAUCUCCCGAGUCAGAACUCUUCGGUGGGCCCCCAUCAGGUCAGUAACUUGUUAUUGGAAUUGGUCUCCUUUCUCCUUCAUGUGGAAACUUUGAAAAAACAAAUAUUGAUACUAUUUCACACCUGAAAUCCCUUACACCUCAGCUGCUCAAAGCGAACUGUAAGCUCUUGGUGGUGUACCUAGAAACAUGGAGGAUUACAAGCCUAAUUUUGACAUUGAUAGCACAAUGUAUUUUAAAUGCAUGAGAACAGCUAGCUCUAUGUACGUUUUAUUCGCACUACCCCUACUCCCUGCCCCGACAACUUAUUUAAAAGCCUAGCUAAGUAAACAAUGUAUUCUUUAUUAAAAGUGGAAUGUAGCUAUUUCCUCAAAAAGAAAGUCACCUUGCAUAGCCUUGAAGCUGGGUUUUGGGGCGGAUUAUGGUUUUAGGGCAGUUAUUUUGGGGAGGAAUUGUUUUUAAACACUUCUGCACUUUAGUGUAAUGAGAUCAGUAGGACAACGUUUUCUUGAGGUUUUUAUGCUGUAGAUUGUUCAGAAGUCUUGUUUUCCAUAUGAGAUGUA